GCCUUUUUGACACACAGACAUUAACUCAUGAGUGGAUCUAAUUACACUUGUUGCACACUUUGUGCAUCUGAAAUAUAUAGACAUUUUUAGUUAUAACACUGAUUUUUAAAAACUUGGAAGAGUUACAAGGGACUCCCAUGAAUUUAAUCAUAAGUAUGAUAUCGACUGUGGGUUUGCAGCCCCAAUAAACGGACCAAGAGGAGGUAGACUCAUGAUGAUGAAGAGCUACAUCAUCACUCAGGCCUGCUUUGCACAGGUGUGGACUGGACUCUGUGAGACGGUGAGCUGUGCUUGUGGCCAGACGAGACGAGACCUUUAAGUACAGACCUUUGGAUUUCUCCGUCACGUGACUCUACAACCUGCCUUCUUCCAGCUGGCCGUCCGCUCGCACCAUUGAAAUAAAAAAAAGGAUGGCACAGGCUCCCAUGUCAUGUGACUGUUUUGUUUCUUUGCCCCCUGGCUCUCGAGAUGACCAUGUGAUUUUUGGGAAGAACUCCGACCGUCCCAGGGAUGAGGUGCAGGAGGUGGCCUACUACCCUGCAGCAUCUCAUCCUCCAGGCUCCAUGCUGGAGUGCACAUACAUCCAGAUCCCUCAGGUGGAGCAGACCUACGCUGUUGUCCUCAGUAAACCUGCCUGGAUGUGGGGUGCUGAAAUGGGAGCCAAUGACCAAGGAGUGUGUAUUGGUAAUGAAGCAGUCUGGACCAGAGAGCCUGUGGUCCCUGGAGAGGCUCUGCUGGGCAUGGACCUUGUUCGGCUGGGCCUGGAGCGUGGCGACAGCGCCUGGGCAGCGCUGACUGUGAUCACCAGCCUCCUUGAGCAGCAUGGCCAGGGGGGCCAAUGCAGGGAGGAUCCUGAACCCUUCAGCUACCACAACACCUUCCUCCUGGUGGAUCGCAAUGAGGCCUGGGUGUUGGAGACUGCUGGAAGGGUGUGGGUGGCACAGAAAGUGUCAGAGGGUGUGAAGAACAUCUCCAACCAGCUGACUAUCAGUACUGAGAUCUCAGCAGAGCACCCGGAGCUGCGGAGCGUGGCCCAGGCUCAGGGAUGGUGGGAUGGCCAAGGAGAGUUUAACUUUUCUCAGGUGUUUAGUCCAGAGAAGCCGCCUGCCAGGAUGGAGCUGGCCAAGCAGCGCUACAAGGGAGGCACAGAGCUACUCCGGCAGCAUGAUGGCUCGGUAACAGCAGAAGUGAUGAUGUCCAUUCUGAGGGAUAAACCCAGUGGCAUUUGCAUGGACUCUGGAGGCUUCUGCACCACAGGAAGCAUGGUGUCCAUCCUACCCAGAGACACCAGCCUGCCCUGCAUCCACUUCUUCACUGCCACCCCAGACCCCUCCAGGUCUAUAUUCAAGCCUUUUAUCUUCUCGGACUGUUCCACCCGUGUGGUGAGGGUGGUCUCUCCACAGUUUGGCCCAGAUGACCCCGUCAGGAAGCAGCCACGGUUUCAGAGCCGGGUGGACCGCAGACAUGACCUGUACAAGGCCCACCAGGUGGCCCUCAGCAACAUGGAGACCAAGCCGGAUGAAGCUUUAGCCAUCUACGACAUCCUGCGGGACUUGGAGUCGCAGUGUCUGAGCGAGAUUUCAGCCAUGCUCAGCGGAGAGAUACCGGGAGACGAACUGGGGGACUUGUUCUUUGACUGUGUGGACACAGAGAUUAAGUUCUACCAAUGAGAAGCGCCUCCAGGUGGAGACCCUUAGUGCUCACAGAGUGGCAGGAAAAGGCCCUGGGACUGUUAAAAGCACCUGUGUUUCUCGUCUGAUCUGCCUCCGCCUCACUUACGCAAUGCACAUCUCUGACCCCCAUUCCAUCAUUAACACAGACUGAAUGUCUCAAUUGCACAUGUGAUUGGAGCAUAUUUAUUAUCUGUAUCACCCAGGGAGCAAUGACUGCACCUCAGUAGUGAGUAUACUGAUAUAGACUACACAGGCGCCCAUGUAGAACUGUAUGAUGCUGCACAAGUACUGUGAGUAUGGCAUUUGUUUAACAUUUUUUUGCAGAUGAAAGGUUUGUCAUUUGUUUGAUGGCUGCCUGUAGGGAAAGGUUAAAUAAAGAAUGUGCAUAGCCUGUC